GUUUGAUAACAGACCGUUCGCUGCUGGGGCGAGGGCGGAUGUUCGCUGUUCUCCUCUCAUCGGGUACGCCUCUCUCUCUUACAGACAAGGGAUUCUGCUGGAUACUUGAAGGAAAACACUGCGUCUUCCUCUAGUUUCUCCUUUGUUUGCACCAACAAGGUGAUGUCCAGAGUCUGUCUUGCCCGUCUGGCCAGGUGCACCAGGCCUCAUGGCCGCAGCAGCCUUUUGCAAACGCCAUCAGUCCAGCAGCUUCAGCAAGACAAUCAGAUCCAAAGGAGACACUUUCACAGCCCUUCAGAGAGGCGACCGAGCAACACACGCUUUGACCCGGACAGUAGCGGCAGGCCCACUACCUGGGACUCUUUUGGCAUCUGGGACAAUCGCAUUGAUGAACCGAUCCUGCUGCCGCCGAGCAUUCGCUAUGGCAAACCCAUUCCCAAAGUGAGUUUGUCCAAAGUAGGCUGUGCCUCACUUAUUGGGCAACGCAAAGAAAAUGAAGAUCGCUUCCAAGUGUCUCAGAUGACUGACAGCAUCAUGUACUUUGCGGUGUUUGAUGGCCAUGGAGGGCCUGAGGCAGCUGACUAUUGUGAGAAACACAUGGAGACCUUUAUCAAGGACCUUGUUUCAGAGGAGGAGAAUUUGGAAACGGUUUUAACUAAAGCUUUUCUUGAUAUCGAUAAAGCUUUUGCCAAGCACCUUCACUUCUUUCCCAAUUCGCCUGCCACAAACGCAGGCACCACAGCGACUGUGGCUCUGCUCAGAGACGGCAUAGAGCUGGUGGUGGGCAGCGUGGGGGACAGCCGUGCCAUGCUGUGCCGCCGGGGGAAGGCCCUGAAGCUCACAGAUGACCACACUCCAGACAGAAAGGACGAAAAGUCGAGAGUGAAGCAGAGUGGGGGGUUCAUCACCUGGAACAGCCUGGGGCAGCCAAAUGUCAAUGGCAGGUUGGCCAUGACCCGAAGUAUUGGAGAUUUUGACUUGAAGAACAUGGGUGUGAUUGCUGAACCUGAAACCAAAAAAGUUAAUCUGCACCACGUUCAUGACGCGUUCUUGGCACUGACAACAGAUGGCAUCAACUUCAUAAUGAACAGCCAAGAAAUCUGCAAUGUCAUUAAUCAAUGCCACGACCCGAAGGAAGCUGCUCUGAGGAUCUCAGAACAGGCCCUUCAGUACGGCUCCGAGGACAACAGCACAAUAAUCGUGGUUCCUUUUGGCGCGUGGGGAAAACACAAGAGCUCUGACUCCAGCUUCUCCUUCAGUCGCAGUUUUGUAUCGAGCGGUCGCUGGGCGUAGUCUUUCCAACACUGAAGAAACGAGGUCCGUGGACCCAACUAUUUGUGCAAUACAGUCCCUCAAUGGUACUCUUUGUGUGCUUUUCUAAAAAAAUGGUUAGCCCAAAACAAUAAUAUCUAAGGCUUCCAGCAUUUAGAGUAGCAUCAUAUUUAUUCGUCUGUGUGUUGUAAGACAGUGAAUUCAUGAUGUGCACUAAACAGAGCAUUUAUACGAAGUUAUAUUUAUGAGCCUUAUCAAUAGUUCCCAAUAACAGUGAUGGGUGAUUUAAGUGUGAGCAGCAUAUUAACAGGGAUGGGACAAGAUCUCAAGCAACUCGGUCUGUCAAACUUUAAAGGUGCACUAUGUAACUUUUUGGUAGGGGGGAGGCUGUCACCUGCUUGUUUCUAUGGAUAUUGGGUGUUGUUUUUUUUUGUUUGUUUGUUUUGCGGUACUUUAUUGUUCAUGUAGGGAAAUUGUCCGCUGCAUUUGACCCGUCCUUCAGGAGCAGUGGACAGCACACGCGGAAACUCACUUAGACACGGGGAGAACAUGAAAAUGCCACACAGAAAGGCCCAGGCGAUCCGGGAUCUAACCUGGAACUUCUUGCUGUGGAAUGUGAGUGCUAGUCACUCAGCCACUUUGUCGGCAAUUGGAUAUGUCAUUCCUUAGCCAGGAAUGUUCCACAGUGUGACAUUAAACAGCUCUACUUUACAUUUAUUCAAUUAUACAAGGCUUUAUAGGUCAAAAAUACCUAGAAAAACAGGCAUUCUGACUGUGAGCGGGGCUUUCUCUCCACAGAUCUGACCUGUAACUGGUUUGAAGAUAGAAAAUGCCAUAUUGUGACAUUUUCCAGACAAAAUAAUAACAUCUCCAUGGAGAAAAGCAUUUGAAGGAACUUCCAUAAGAAAAGUUACACAAUGCACCUUUCAUGAAGAUAUAUUGCUGAAGAAAAUAUAGACAAUAAACAAUAAUAUUGACACUAAUUUAUAGCACUUGCACAAUAACUGUAAAAGAGAGAUAGAUACUUUAUUAAUCAUGAGAGAAAUUCAAGUUUUGCUGCAACAAACUGUUGCAGUUGCUGUUGCUGCAGCAUUCCCACUGUGCAUCUCAGUGGCGUUUGUGUCUCAGUCAAAGGUCAUAGUGCAGUUUAACAGGGCGACUGGUCAGGGAGGGUCAGCAGAUCUGUGUCAGGGCAGUUUGAGGAGAGGAAGAGCCAAAAGUGUCCCUCCUCUGUGUCCUGCAGCACCACAGCAGAGUCCAGGGGGCGCUCGGUGAACACAACAGGAAAGGCCUUGUUCUUACUCCGUUCUGGUGUUUUGUUUGAUGACAAAACUGUCCAUUCCCUGAAAGUAUAUAUUCUGGAAGAUCUUGUGCCACAUUUGCUGGAACAUACGGUGUAAAAAGCCUGUCGCAUCUCAAAUGUCCACAGAUAGCCCCUUGGCCAGCCUUUGGCACGGUCUCCAUGGGGAUAUGGGAAACAAACGGCUCAUUUCACAAUCCUGCACAUGCUUUACUUCUUAAAUAGUCAAAAUCCCAUGAUAUGAUGUUAAAAACUGAGUACAAAAAACAAAGUUUCUAAAACUGCUCAGUGUGUGAGGCUCCAUUGCCAUGGGGAAUCAUCCCCUGAAACUUUUAUAAAUGUAACAUAUUGUAUCUGUAAUGAGUCAUUGAAGUUAUUUAUUUAACAGCUCAAAUCUUAUUGUAAAACAAAAACAUAAUUAAAAGUCCCCACAAUAAAUAUUGACCUAAAAAUAACUUUUCACUUUUUUUUUUUUACUGAUCAAGAAGUCAAUAUAGUAAUUAUUGUGACAAACUUACAAGAUUUUGUGAGAGGAGAAUUAUCUUUUUAGAUUUUUUUUAUCCAUUUGUCUUGAAUAAAAAGAGGUUAACUUUAAUGAGUAACUCUCCUUGAGAAGUUGUAAUACUAAAAACACAGCUGCAACAAAACUCUAAAAUUAAAUAGAAUGGCGCAAUUUAUUUAUUUAAAAUUAUAUCAAAAUGUCAUCUUGUCUCGAUUUCAUGGACCGAAUCUCAUGUCUCGUCUUGACUGGUUACUUAAAUUAACCCUACAGUGUUUGUGUCACUGUUUUAAACAAGUAUAAAUGUAGUUAUGUAGUAAUUUAUAAACCCUAACAUGGAAUUAUUGUAUUUUUAUAGUCGCAUUUUGAACCCUCUGUAGUUGUCAUUUGACUACGAGAUUAAAUGGCCGAACAAAAUGGAGCAGAAAUCUUUGGGGGAGCUGUGGAGGUGCAUUGGCCCUUUUCAGCCCCCCCUUUGGACCACCCCUGCAUCUUGUUGAAAUCUGAUCUCGUCCCAUCCCUAUUAUUCACUAAUUACUGCUCACCAAGUGUUUUAUUUGUUAUUACAGUUACACUUCUAAAAAGUCACAUUGUCUAAAAAAAAUUAGCUAAUAAAAUAAAUUGUAAUAAGGCAAGAUGUGUUUUAAGUAUUCGGCAAUACUUACAAAAAGAACAGAUUUUUGGAAAGAGUGGAAACAACAGGUAUGGAGACAGUGGAGUUUAUUGGAGUCUUUUCAGUAUUUUAAGGUAAAUUAUUUGAAAUAUCCAAGCUUCUUUUUCUCGAGUAUCUUCCAUUGGCAGUUGCAGCAGGCAUCAAAGUUUUCCAAGUGUUAUUUUCUAAUCUUCUUUUUAAUGCGCCUGCUGCUUUUCUUCUAAUUUACUUGACCCUUCUCAGAAAUAUUAAUGAAUUGCACAAGUUUGAAGGCCUCGGAAAUAUUAGCAAGCCUGAAUGUUUUGUAUUUUUGAAAAACGGAAGCUUUUGUGAAUAGUUGAACAAAUCUGUAUUUUAUCCAUGUUAUGACUCAUGCAAUUAAGGCUGCAACUAUGUGUUUUUCAGAGGUUAUAUUUAAUAAC